GGUAAACACAAAGCCAUCUUGGUGAUAUACAAAGUAAUACUAAUAGCAGAUUAUCAUUCUGGCGGGAAAACAUAGUCAGAAUGGCUGAAGGUGACACGGCAAUGCCAAAUGAUCAAGAUAUGACAGAAGAAAAGACAGAUGAUGUUGAACCAAUGGAAUAUUCUGGAGAAGGUUCUACAGAGAAUGGAGCAGAAUUUAAGGGAGAACAUACAGAAGAUUAUCAGAAAAUUUUAGAUUAUGGUUUGAACGAAAAAGUUGCAUGUAAACUAGAUGAAAUUUUUAUAUCUGGAAAGUUGGCGUAUUUAGAUUUAGACGAACGUGCCCUGGAUGCACUUAAAGAAUUUCCCGUUGAUGGUGCUUUGAACGUACUGAAGCAGUUCCUCGAUAGUAGUUUAGAACACGUGUCCAAUAAAAGUGCUUACUUGUGUGGUGUAAUGAAAUCGUACAGACAGAAGAGUAAAUUGGGGGGAUCGUCAUCUUCGUCAGCAGCUACAACGAAAGGUCCAGAUGAAGAUAAAAUCAAAGCUAUCUUAGACAGAACAGGAUACACACUCGAUGUAACAACAGGACAGAGGAAAUACGGGGGUCCUCCACCAGACUGGGAUGGACCUCCGCCAGGAUCUGGUUGUGAAAUUUUUGUAGGAAAAAUUCCAAAGGACUUUUUUGAAGAUGAACUUAUCCUUCUAUUUGAAAAAUGUGGAAAGAUCUGGGACUUGAGGCUUAUGAUGGACCCAUUGAGUGGUCAGAACAGAGGAUAUGCAUUUAUAACAUUCUGUGACAAAGAAGGAGCAUAUGCUGCUGUAAAAGAGCUGGAUAAUUACGAAAUUAGAAAGGGAAAAUUCAUUGGCGUGACGAUUUCAAUUAACAACAACCGGUUAUUUGUGGGAAAUAUUCCAAAGAACCGAGGAAAAGACGAGUUAUUUGAGGAAUUUACCAAACAUGCACCUGGCUUGACCGAAGUUAUCAUCUACAGCUCACCAGAUGACAAAAAGAAAAACCGAGGAUUUUGUUUUUUAGAAUAUGAUUCUCAUAAGGCUGCAUCUCUAGCCAAGAGAAGGUUCAGCACAGGACGGAUAAAAGUUUGGGGUUGUGACAUCAUUGUUGACUGGGCCGACCCUCAGGAAGAACCAGAUGAAGACACUAUGAGAAAGGUUAAAGUGCUGUAUGCAAGAAAUUUGACUGCAUCAGUAACUGAAGAAAAAUUAAAAGAAAUAUUCGAAGGUUAUGGAAGAGUGGAAAGAGUGAAAAAGAUCAAGGACUAUGCAUUCAUUCACUUUGAAGAUCGUGAAUGUGCUGUCAAAGCAUUGGAUGCAAUGAACGGCAAGGAUGUUGAUGGAGCUGCUAUUGAGAUCUCUUUAGCAAAACCUCCUUCGGACAAGAAGAAGAAAGAAGAAGUACUAAGAAACCGGGAAAGAAGGAUGAUGACCAUGAUGCAACAACGAGCAAUGAUGAUGGGAAUUCCACCACCUCCUCGUGCCAGAGGAGGGAGAAUGCCGCCUUCUGGACCCAGAAAUUAUGAUUAUGACUACGAUUAUUAUGGUUACGGUGACUAUUGUGGAGGAUACGCAGAUCCAUACUAUGAUGACUAUUAUGGCCCCUAUGAUGACUAUUAUGAAUAUGACUACGGAUAUGUUCCACCACCACCACCACCAAGAGUACGAGGAGGACCAGAUAGGGUGCGUGGUGGCCGUGGUGGAAUGAUGCCCCGUGGUCGUACCCCUGGUCUGGCUCACCCUCGUGGCAGGACUCCAGUCCUCCCCCCCAUGGUGUUGAGGAAUUGGCUGGCUUCCCCAUGUGCUAUGGUAGCGACGUUUAGAGUCCCCCUGGUUCUGAUGGCCCCCAUCAAUCUUGCGCUUACCGGCCAGGUUUCCACGGCCUCCCCCACGACUGGUUGCCUGACCUCGGCCAACUGCUACCCCACGUCCCACUACACGGGUACCUCGACCUCGGGCCUCUUGGUGCCGGAAGUUACAACAGCUACGGUUACGGAUCGUCGGGCAGAGAUUCACCAUGGUAUCAAGACUCGUUCGGACAGCAGUGGGGCUAACUUCCAUUAG